CAUAAACCCACUGAGGUUACUAGUCGGUAGCCAAAAGGAUGGUUUUGUUUGAAAAUUGUUCUACAAUGUACAAGUAUGUAUUUUUGCCUAUAAAUAUCAAUCCAUGCAACCCUAGCUUGUCAUUCUCCAAUAGAACCAUCUUUAUUUGCCGGAAAAAGUCCCUUUAUCUCUCUGUCUUUCUCUUGGUCUACUUCUCUCAAUGCCUCAAGGCAACACAACCUUGGUUCUCACGAAUGAUUCAUCUCUUUAUGGCAAAGAUUCUCUUUCAGGAGAGGAUGGGGCAAUUCCCAUUAUUGAUUACUCCAAGCUCAUCUCUUCUGAUCCCAGCCUCCGGUCUCUGGCCGUAGAGAACUUGGGCAAAGUGUGCCUUGACUACGGCUUCUUCAUUGUGACUAACCAUGCAGUUCCUGGCAGUGUGAUUAAAGGGGUGAUAGACAAACUCUUUGAAUUCUUUGAUCAGCCUGAAAAUGAGAAGCAGAAGUAUGAGACCAAGUCUCCAAUUGAUAUGAUCAGGUCAGGGAAGGGCAACCAUAACCAUGUUAGCAGGGAGUUUAUCAAGAUGGCUGUGCAUCCUUCAGUUCAUUGCCCUCCUAAUCCAUCUGGUUUAAGUGAGAUUUUACAGGACUAUAGCAAAAAAGUAAGAGAACUGGGAAUUGAAAUACUUGGAGGGAUUUCAAGAGCUUUGGGACUUGAAGAAGACUACAUAGAGAAGAAAAUGAACUUGGAAUCAGGCUACGAUUUCUUUACUGCAAAUGACUACCCAUCGCGCCAAAAUUCUGAAAAUCGAAUUGGGCAAUUUGCUCAUGUUGAUCCUGGUCUUCUGGUCUUCAUUAUCGAGAACGUGAGUGGUGGUUUACAAGUUGAGCAUAACGGGAAGUGGCUCAAUGUAAACCUUAAGCCUGACUGGAUUUUUGUGAAUGUUGCUGAUCAUAUGGAGAUUCUUACAAAUGGAAAGUACAAGAGUGCACUUCACAGGGUGGUUGUGAACAACAAAAUUAGAAGGGUAACUUUACCAUUAUUUUUGGGACCCUCGUUGAACACAGUUGUGACUCCUGCAUCAGAAUUUAUAGACGACUGCAACCCACCUGCAUAUCGCGGCUUGACCUAUCAAGAAUAUUUGGAAUUUAAUCAGUUCCAUGUCAUUGAUGGAAAAUCAUGUCUUAAUCAGAUUCGAAUCUGAGUAUACAGUAUACAGCUUUCUUUCUCCUAUCCUAUGUGAUGUGAUGUCGUUUUGUUUUCAAAGCUUAAUAAAAGAAGAAAAGAAGCAGCAAGUCUGAUCAAGAUUUGUAUGUCUGAGUUAAUUAAGUUAUAAUGAGUGGCUGAAUUUCUCCAUGAUGGAAAAAUUUGUAUAAAGAAGAGACAUCUCUUCCUCUAUAUGUAUAUUUCUCGUCUCUUUUAUUCCUUCUACUAUGAUUUGUUUCUCUGAAAGAAAAGUGGCUUAAAGUAAAAAGGCUCAGAAUGGAUUUGGCUUUC